AUGUCAACAAGCUCAAAUCCAGAAAAUAAUAGUAAGCAACAACAAAGUAAUACAACGAACGGUGUUCAACCUCAAAGUGAAAAAAUGUUAUUUGGUACUAAAUUAGACUCCGAAAUUUAUCCCCCUUGGAAAGAUUUUUAUAUUAAUUAUAAUCAAUUGAAAAAAUUAUUAAAAGAAGGUGUUAUAUUAAAAAAUAAUUGGACUGAUAAAGAUGAACAAAGUUUUGUAUCUUGUUUAGAUGAAAAUUUGGAAAAAGUUUUUAGUUUUCAACAUGAAAAAUUUGAUGAAUUAAAUGAAGAAUUAAAUCAAUUACAAUUACAAACUGAAAAACUGGCAAAUUCGAAUUUUGAUGUUGAAUCUUUUUCAAAAAAAUUAGAUAAUUUAUUAAAUGAAGCACAAAAUUUAGAACAUUUUCAAAGAUUAAAUUAUACAGGUUUCAUUAAAAUUGUUAAAAAACAUGAUAGAUUACAUGUGAAUUAUUCUGUAAAACCUUUAUUGAAUGUUAGAUUAAAAAAAUUACCUUUCCAUUCUGAAGAUUAUUCUCCUUUAUUAUAUAAAGUUGGUACUUUAUUUCAAUUUUUAAGAGAUAAUUAUGAAGUUGAUCAAAGUUUGAGUAAAUUAUCUUCAUUUAAUGAUGGUGCUUUAAAUGGUGAAUUUCAAAGUUUUAAAUUUUGGAUUCAUCCUGAAAAUUUAAUGGAGGUUAAAACUACAAUUUUAAGACAUUUACCUGUAUUAGUUUAUGGAAAAAAUAAUCUACAUGAUAGAGAUGAUGAUGACGAUGAAGACGAUGAUGAUGAUGAUGAUGAUGAAGAAAAUACUAAACAUUUAUCACAUGGUGAUCAAACCAUCAAUUGUUUAUAUUUUGAUAAUGAUCAUUUUGAUUUAUAUAAUCAUAAAUUAACAAAAUUAAAUAAUUCUUCAACUUUAAGAAUUAGAUGGGUGGGUAAAUUAAGUGAUAAACCAAAAAUUACCCUUGAAAAAAAACAAUUUGAUAUAAAUUCAAAUUUUCAUAUUGAUGAUAAAAUUGAAUUAAAACAAAAAUAUAUUAAUCAAUUAAUUCUUAAUAAAGAAAUCCCUAAAAAAUUAAUUAAAAUUAAUGAUGAUGAAGAAUCAAUUAAAAGAUUAGUUAAUUUUAUUGAUGAGAAUAAUUUACAACCAAUUUUAAGAACAACUUAUAAAAGAACUGCUUUUCAAAUUCCUGGUGAUGAUAAAAUUAGAAUUAUAAUUGAUUCAAAUUUAACUUUUAUAAGAGAAGAUUCUUUUGAUUCUCAAUUACCAAUUAGAGAUCCAAAACAAUGGCAUAGAUUAGAUAUUGAUAAUUCAAAAAAUCCACAACAAUUUUUGAGAAAAGGUGAAUUUGUAAAAUUCCCAUUUGCAACAAUGGAAAUUAAAAUUAAAAAAUCAAGUGCAAAGAAUUUUAAAAAAUUACAAUGGAUUAAUGAAUUAAUUAAUUCAAGUUAUUUAGUUAAAGAAAUUCCAAAUUUUUCAAAAUUUAUUCAUGGUGUUGCUUCUUUAUAUUUAGAAGAUGAUAAAUUAGAUAAUAUUCCAAUGUGGUUUAAUGAAUUAGAAGGUGAUAUAAAUGAUGAAUUACCUAAAAUACCUCCAAAAGUUAAUAAUCAAGGUAAUAUUACUCAAUUAUCAGAUGAUGAUAAUUUAUCAAAAUUUAAAUCAAUGUUGAUGAAAAGUUCAAAUUCAAAUUUUCAACCAAGAUCCGCUUCAUUUUCUGGUAGUUUAUUAUAUAAAGAAGAAGAUGAAGAUGAAGAAGAAGAACCAACUAAAAGAGUUGAAAUUAUUGAUGAAGAACAGUUAUCACCAACUGCAACUGAUAAUCAACAACAACAACCACCACCACCACCAAAAAAUGUCACCACCGAUGAUCAAUCAUCAGAUUUUGAUGAUGAAGAUGAAGAAGAAAUUACAUUUAAACCUAAUCCUUUAAUUAGAUUAAUGAAUUUACCUAAUGAAUUUUCAAAAUUAAUUGAUGUUGAUUCAGAAGAUGAAGAAAUUGAAUUACCACCAGGUGUUUCAAAACCUGAUCAAUGGAUUAAAAACAUGGGACCAAUUAAAAUUGAACCAAAAGUUUGGUUAGCAAAUGAAAGAACGUUUAAUAGAUGGUUACAUGUAACAACAUUAUUAUCAACUUUUACAUUUAUAAUUUAUAACUCAUCAAAAAAAUCAAAUUUUUCAACAUUAUCAGAUUAUUUAGCUUAUUUUUAUCUUAUUUUAACUAUUUUUAGUUGUUUAUGGGGUUAUUAUGUUUAUUUAAAACGUAGAAAUAUUAUAUUGGAAAGAAGUGAUAAACAUUUAGAUAAUUCAGUUGGUCCUUUAAUUAUUGCAUUUGGUUUAUUAUUUGGUUUAAUUAUAAAUUUUAUAUUUGGUUGGAGAAAUUUAAAAAUUGAUAUUGAUAAUCAAUUUUAUACAACAAAUCCAAUUCACAAAACAAUUCAUCAAUUUGUAAUUGAUGCUGUAAAUUAA